AUGCCAAAGAUAAUUGGGAGGCUAAAAUCACUCAAGGGGCUCAACUUUUCUCACAAUAACCUUAUAGGUUAUAUUCCAUCAUUAUUUGGAAAUUUGAACAAUCUUGAAUGGUUAGACCUCUCUUUCAACAAGCUUAUCAGGGAGAUUCCUAGGCAAUUGGUAGAUCUAUUGUGGCUUGAAGUUUUAAAGUUGUCACAUAACCAACUUAUAGGACAAAUACCUUCAGGAAAGCAAUUCAAUACAUUUGAUAACGAUUCGUACAUUGAAAACCAAGGAUUAUGUGGAUUUCCGUUGUCAAGAAUGUGCAACAGCCUUGAGGCAAAGAAACCACCACCAUUAACCUUACAACAUGAAGACAAUUUAGAGCCUAAAAAUGGGUUUGGUGGGUUGGUUGGCAAGCUAUAUUGA